AUGCUGACAUGCACUUUGCAUGAUAAAAGAGUUCACAAUAAAGUCUGUAGAUCGAUGAUAUUUUUUAACAUCCGCUCUAUAAAACAAUCCCAUGCGGAUGGAAGCAGGGUCGCCGCUAAACCGCCGCAGAUCUGGCUAACACUGUUUUCCGCUCGAGGGAGUGUAGCUGAGGCCCCGUCAAAGGAAACGAAGCUAAAUAUACCAGAGGCGGUGGGAUCAAUGAGGCUGUGGUCCGAGGAGGAAUGUCUUCACCGCAGCCUUCCGCCGGAUAUUGCGCCCCCUCCUCCCCGAAGCACGGGCUCAAAUAGGGCACCCUCACCUCAUCUGUUACCAAGACGACAUUGCUGUCCAAUCUCCAAGAGGGUUAGAAAGGAACAAGUUCUGGGGAGUCCACGAACAAAGGAGGAUGUCCCCAGGCACGAGUUGGUGUAUGCAAUGAAAAAAUGUACCAUCAGCGGAAAUAGACGUAUGGAGAUCGACCAGGAGCACAAAAAAAGGGAAUGGACGAAGCAGAUAAAUAGUAGGGACUUGCUGAGGAUAGAGGCAGAAGAAAAGGUAGAUCCCCAGCACAAUGGAGAAUAA